GAUUGUUUUUCUGGUUUGUUGUCUUUUAUGCCCUCUUGUUUUCUUCUCCUUCCCUGCAUUUGUUUUGUCUUGGUAAUCUUCCCAAUUUUCUCACUCCGCUGAAUCAUCUCCUGUUCUUUGUGCUUAUCAGUACCAUCUUGUCUUAAGACACUUUGCUUUCUACUGAACACCCUCUCAGUAUCGUUACUGCUACAUUAAUGGCAUCCUCAAGCACUUUCUCGAGCGCCGCUCUUGAGCGUGCUCAGGCUCGCUUGAUCCGCAUAAAACAGAUCCUCUCCUCUAUGGAGCUGCCUUCGUUCCCGGUCCAUCUUAAAUCCAAUCCUCGGAAAUCCUACGGGCGUCGCAAUGCCGUGUCCCACAUGGCACGACCAUUGGAUAGUGUAGAAAGGUGCCUUGAGAGAGCUCGUCGACUUCUUGAGCUACUCUCAAACUCACCUAAAACUACUGCUCCGACAAAGAUCAAUACGACUAUUCUGAACACCGCAGAUAAAGAUCGAAAGACCAGCGAGCAAUACACGGGGACUCGUCGUGUCCUCAGGACCAGAUUAAAUGAGCCAGUCAAAGCAUUUUGGGAUUCUACUCGACCAACUCGGCCUCCAGCUUUUAAGGAUUCGCAAGCACUGGCCAGAUGGCAAACGAGUGAUGCGCUUCUUAGGAGGUGCCGGGAAAUUCAGACAAGGGACUACGGAUCACGCACUCGAUGCCGGCCAUCUAAGGAGAUACGCCCCUUGACCACCAGAUGUCUCGGAGCAAUCAACCCGUUUCAGGGACUCUUGCCCUCAUCACCUCCCUCAUCGCGUCCAGCUUUGCGCAGUUGCCUGAAAAAGACAAUUGUCGUUCAGUCUACUGGAGAGCUGGGUAAAAGAGGAGGUGUGGUAAAGAGUGUUACAUUUGCCGAAAUGGAGCAAGUCCGCUGGUUUUACAAAGCAGGACGCGCGAAUGGAUACAUUCCCAGGGACAAUGCGGCAUAGCCAGAUGUUGCUCGUGUCUAUGUGGGGAGCAAGAAAUUUACGGAUAGUAUCAUAUCGCAACCACAUGUUCUUCACCAGAUAGCCGACGCUAAAUAUCUCAUCGAAGAUUCAGAAGGUUAUUUAGGUGCGAUGAGGCUUUAAAGUUGGCCAACAGCAUAGACUUGAAAGAAGGAAAGACCAAAUCUGAAAAAUCUGAAAGUGGGCCAAAAGGAAGAGAAGGAGGUUACAUUGUAAAUGAAAUUGGAAAUCUUAAGCGUUGGUUUGACUUAUUCGUUUUAUGUUUUUUGUUUUAUUUUAUUUUCUCUUUGGCCAUUGGAUUGAUGGAGAAUUAAAAGCGAAAGGAAUUUCGGAAAUUGCCUCGCAUAAACGCUUUUUCUGAAAUAAGAGACGUUCUGCAUAGAUUGACCCC